GCGGCCAUUUACACAUAACCUAUGUAAUGUUUCUUGAUUUUCUUUUGUGCCAGUUUUAGUUAUUAUAUAAACAAAUAAAUUUCAAAAUGUUUUCAAGACUUGUGUCAGGAUUGUUAACAACCACUAGGUUGGUUGCUCCCCAGUUGCCUCAAGUGCUCCCGGCCAACACAAUGCACUCCCUAGUGUCUUCAGCCCAAGCCCUAGUUCCAGUUCUACCGAAUGCAGGAGGCCUAUUUUCUUUAACAUCGAUUAGAACAAAAAUUCGAAUCCACUUCCCAAGGCCCAACGAGAGGAGGCGAGUGAAAAGACAUGGCUGGGAAUUCAGGAUGUCGACGACUAAUGGCAGGAGAGUCAUCAUGAGGAGGAUUUUGAAAGGGCGUCAUGUUUUAACACACUAGAUAAAUGAUAACAAUAGGUAGUUUAAUUUUGAUAUUUAGGUAGAAAUAAAUUGUAAAUGAA